UAUCCACACCACCGGAUACUCCUUCAGGCUUUCGCUUUCUUUCGAUUAUCGUCUUCUUCAUCGUCACUCUUACUUUCACUCUUCUUAUCACUCUCUCUACCUUCCAUUUCUGAAAACAUUCCUACCUAUAAAACUUGACACACUCAUGCAUUGCAAUUUGAAGUAAAAUACUAAUGGCACAUCUCUUCUCUGGCUCUCUUAAAUCUCAGCCUUCCAGCUUCUGUUGCUUCCAUUGUCUGUUCAUUUCUUGCCGAAAUGUUUCGCCAAAAUCCUCACAAAGACUUCAAUUCUGUAAUGCAAUUCCAUGUUUUGCCAAGGGGCGGGUGACCCACCAUACGCACAUGAUUUCCAAAUCAAAUGAACCCUCAGGUUCAUCAUCAAAUUCUGUUUCUGAGGAUUUUGAUAUUGUCUCGGCAACUGAGUGUUCUGAUGGUAGUAUUAUAUACCGGUUUGGAAAUGUCAGUGAGAUAAUGGAAAAUAUGGUUGAUGUGGACCAAGAGAAAGUCCCUCAAAAAUAUCCUGAGGAAGGAGGAAAUAUUAGUACUGGGGCUCUGUUGAGUGAAGAUGUUGAAAAGUUGGAACUAGCAGGUGAUUCUGAUGAAACCCAUAGAACUGGGAGUAAUAAUGCAGAAGCUGGUCAUAGUUUAAGUGAGGAGAUUGAUUCUUUCUCUGUGAUAGACCUGAGAAAUAGCUCAACAGUGCUGAGUGAUGAUAUUGAUAAGGAGUCUCAGCCGCCAGCAAAUGAAAGUAAAGUUGAUAUCUCGCUAGAAAACAGUAAGCAUCUAGAGUUUGAUUUAGUAGAGGAGGGAAAACAUGACAAUUAUCAUGAAGAUGUUGCUUCUGAGGUUCAAGAUGUUCCAACUGCGUCUGAAGAAAAUUCUGAAGUUAAUAGUCACACAGGAGUGGUGGUUCCAACAGUUAGUCCAGAGUCUGGUAUUUCUCCUGAUUUAGUUGAGGAAGAAAAACAUGAAAAUGACCAUGAAGAUGUUGUUUCUGAUGCUCCAGAUGUCCCAAGUGCAUCUAAGGAAAAUUCUGAAGCUAAUACUCACACUGGAGUGGUGGUUCCAACAGUUACUCCGGAGUCUAGCGGGCCUCCUGAUUUAGUUGAGGAGGAAAAACAUGAAAAUGACCAUGAAGAUGUUGUUUCUGAGGUUCAAGAUGCCCCAGGCGUGUCUGAAGAAAAUUCUGAAAUUAAUAGUAACACUGGAGUGGUGGGUUCAAUAGUUACUCUGGAGUCUGGUGUGUCUCCUGAUUCAAUUGAGAAGGAAAAACAUGAAUAUGAUCAUGAAGAUGUUUCUAAGGUUCAAGACAUCCCAGGCGUGUCUGAAGAAAUUUCUGAAGUUAAUGGUCAAGGAGUGGUGGUUCCAACAGUCACUCCUGAGUCUGGUGUGUCUGCUGAUUUAGCUGAGGUUGAAAAGCAUGAAAGUGAGCAUGAAGAUGUUGUUUCUGAUGUUCAAGAUGCCUCAAGUGUGUCUGAAGAAAACUCUGAAGUUAGUGGUUCUGCAGGAUUGGUGGCUCCACAAGUUACUCCAGAUUCUGGUGUGUCUCCUGACUCAGUAGAGGAGGAAAAACAUGAAAAUUAUCACGAUGAUAUUGCUUCUGAGGUUCAAGAUAUUGAGAGUUUGUCUGCGGAGAGAUCUGAAGUUGAUAGUCGCAUGGGAGUGGUGGUUCCCACAGUUACUCCAGAGUCUGGUUUGUCUCCUGCUUUAGUUAAGGAGGAAAAAUAUAAAAAUUAUCGUGAAGAUCUUGUUUUUGAUGUUCAAGACAUGUCAAGUAUGUCUGAAGAAAAUUCUGAAGUUAAUAGUCACACAGGAGUAGUGGAUGCAACAGUUACUCCAGAUUCUGUUGUGUCUCCUGAUUUAGUAGAGGUGGAAGCAGAUGAAAAAUAUAUUGAGGAUAUUACUACUGAGGCUCAAGAUGUCCAGAUUGUGUCUGGGGAAAGUUCUGAAGUAAAAAUUCACAUGGGAGUGGGGGUUCCAACAGUUACCCCAGAGUCUAGUGUUUCUCCUGAUUUCAGUAUCAGUGCUCCUGGAAUAGUUGAAGACAAAAAUGAAGCUAACGAGGGUAAUGUUGUAGAUACAGCAACAGACAACCUGACUGCCGAUGCCAAGACUGAUGUAGCUGAAAUCAUGCCAGGGUUAACUUCUUUAGAUUCCGACCCAUUUCUUGAUGAGGAAACAAGUCAUCAUAUUGUUGUCGAAUCUGUUGAUGCAAAUGAAAAGUUAGAUGAUUUGGCUCCAUCCUUCAAAUCGGUAGAUGAAAUAGUUAUGGAUGAAACAAGAAAAAGUGAUUACGAAGGUCCAUCCAAUGCUUGUGUGCCAGAGACACAUUCAACUGAGACAGUUCUCGAUGAGGAGAAAACAUUGACUACAGGACUUUUCCUAACUUCUGGUGUUGCUUCCUUGCCACAUCCAUCUAAGGCAUUGGCAGGUCGAGAGGAUGCUUAUUUCAUUGCUUGCAAAAAUUGGCUAGGUGUGGCUGAUGGACUUGGUCAGUGGUCAUUUGAAGGAAGUAGUAAUGGACACUAUCCCAGAGAACUCAUGGAAAAGUGUGAAAAUGUCGUGUCAAAUUACCAAAGCAUUUCUGUUGUUAAACCUGAAGAAGUUCUUAAAAGAAGUGCUGGAGAAACAGGAUGUUAUGGAUCAUCUACGGCGUUGGUUGCUCACUUUGAUGGUCAGACCGUCCAUGCUGCCAACGUUGGAGACACAGGAUUUAUCAUUCUAAGAAACGGUGCUGUCUUUAAAAAGUCAACUCCCACUGUUCAUGAAUUCAAUUUUCCAUUACAGAUAGUUAGAGGUGACGAUCCCUCAGAAAUUAUUGAGGGGUACAAGGUUGAUCUAAGCGAAGGUGAUGUGAUUGUAACUGCCACUGAUGGCCUUUUUGACAAUCUUUAUGAGCAAGAGAUAGCUAUAAUUGUAUCCAAAUCUCUGCAGAGUGGCUUAAAACCUCAGGAAAUAGCAGAGUUCUUGGCGAUGAAGGCACAAGAGGUUGGGAGAUCAGCAUGCACAAGAAGUCCAUUUGCUGAUGCAGCCCAAGCCGCUGGCUAUGUUGGAUGUACUGGUGGCAAGCUUGAUCAUGUCACUGUUAUUGUUUCCUUUGUCCAAGGUAGAUCUUCCUCACCUUCUUAGAGUUGCUGCCAUAUAUACUCACCAGUAUCAUAUGUAUAUAUACAAACAGUUAUUAUGUAAACUUGGCCUCAUACUCAUCUGAGUUGCAUUGUAGAAAGAAAUAAAAGAAA